AUGUCGUUCGACUACGAACACUACCAAUGCAGCCCGAGAUCACCCGCAUUCGAACCUAUCUUGGGCAGCAUCACUGAGGCCGCCGAAUUUGAUGAUUCAGAUGUUGAGGUCGAAGCCAAACCCGUCAGGCCGUCACUCACCAAGAUCGACUCGGCGUCGCAUGAUGUGCCUGAAGCUUUCAUUCCUGAUAUAUCAAUCGGUGAACCAGAGCUCACUACAAAAACCGCCAAAGGCACUGUCAUCCAGUUUGCGCGCAUGACAACAGCCAAAGCAACCUCUGUUCGACGGGUGCUCCGAAAGGUGCUCGAAGCCGACAAGGUCCGCCGUCGCAAGGCCCUGAAAAUCUAUCUCAAGGCUAUCACCUUCUUGCGCUACAUGCUGAAGGCUCAUGACCGCUAUGGAUCUGCAAUGAUGACGACCGUCUUCCCGCACCUGCACUCCACAUUGACGCUCUUUUCUUCUUGUUCUGCACCAGCCUCCACCCUGGACCGCUUUGCAGCCUUCCGCGACAGCCCGAUCGAGCAAGCCUUUGAGCUCCACGAACUCACCACAGAGAAUACAAGUAACCCCAACUGGGCGCCGGAGAGCAAAAGAGAGCGCAAGAGACGGGAGAAGCUCGAGCAGCUUCGCGAAGCCGACGAGAUGAAGUUCUCCCACAGCCUGCAAUUCAAUGCGGUACCGGACUGGAGCAACCACUAUGUGGCCUACAGCAACUUGAAGAAGCAGAUCUACAACCUCGAGACGCAGAUCAACCAGAAACACACCGCGACAACCGACGCCGAAUCAUCGCCGCUUCUGAAUGGUGCCGCAGACGAUCCUGACAAGGCGUUCACAAACCUGCUAGAUGCGGAACUGGAGAAGGUCACGUCGUUCUACCAGGUGAAGGAGGUUGAGAUCUACAGCGAGCUGGACGCUCUGAUCAACGACGAGGCAACCUAUGAGCGUGAACAAGAGGAGCUUGACCACGAGCAGCAGAAUGCGGCACCAGGGAAACAGACGCGCAGCACCAGCAUCUUUAAACAAAUUGGUUUCAAUCGCCCACGAGCAACGAGCACAGUCAGCGGGCGCUCCACAGGCGAUGGAAUUGACGAUGACGAAGAUUCAGACGUAGACGUCAACGAAACCUCGAGAUUACGACAGAAGAGCCCUGAUGGUCAGCAGCGAAGGCGGCGACGGACUACAGACGAGAACAUGAAUUCAGAUGGCCUUUCAUCAAAGCGCAGAACAAGCGUAGCAUUUGAUGACUACAACGACAUGGCAUUCUCGGCGUUGUACGACGAGGGCGUUUCGCUUAAGAAACGGACUGUUAGCAUAUACGUCUCGCUGUGUGAACUGCGAUCCUUCAUUCAGCUGAACAAGACCGGGUUCGAGAAGGUCUUGAAGAAAUUCGACAAGAUUCUGGAUCGCAAACUCAAGAGCCAGUACCUGAGCAAAUACGUGUACCCCGCAUACCCAUUCCAGCAAAGCACCAUGGACAAGCUUACGCAGAAGCUGCAGCACGUCGAACAUGCUUACUCGCAAAUCUGCACCAAGGGUGAUGUUGCAGAGGCUAAGCGCGAGCUCAGGCUGCACCUACGAGAGCAUGUUGUCUGGGAGCGAAACACAGUCUGGAGGGAGAUGAUUGGUAUCGAGAGGAAAGCACAAGCUGCAAAUAUUGGUAUCACACAAACCCUGCUUGGCCGUGAUGUCAAUGCAGGUCGAGUACGCAGACAGGGUGAUGACCAUGAGCCGGAGAUCAAGGAGGUUGUCACGCCCAUUGGGAGAUAUAGAUGUCCACAAUGGCUCGUCAGCAAGACCUUCUGGAUAUUGGUGGCUUGCAUAGCAGUGUUCGUGGUUCUGCUCGUGGUGCCCAUCAUGGAAAAGCCGGAACAGCAGAACUGCCUUGCCAUGGUCAUCUUCGUCAGCUCGCUCUGGGCGACUGAGGCUAUCCCGCUCUUCGUUACAUCACUCCUUAUACCUUUCCUUGCCGUAACCCUCGAUGUCGUACGCAGUGAUGUUGAGCCGCACAAACGACUUGGCUCGAAAGCCGCAGCAAGCUACGUGUUUGCUGCCAUGUGGACACCAGUAAUCAUGCUGCUUCUAGGAGGCUUCACAAUCGCAGCUGCACUCUCUAAGUACAACAUCGCUAAAAUGAUGGCCACGUUCGUUCUGAGCAAGGCUGGAACGAAGCCGAGAACAGUCCUCCUGACCAAUAUGUUUGUCGCUAUGUUUGCAAGCAUGUGGAUCAGCAACGUUGCUGCGCCGGUGUUGUGCUUCUCUAUCAUCCAGCCCAUCCUUCGCAAUCUGCCUGCGGACUCCAACAUGACCAAAGCCCUGCUUCUGGGUAUUGCCCUCGCGUCCAACAUUGGUGGCGCUGCAUCGCCUAUUGCGUCGCCGCAAAAUCUCAUUGCCCUUCAAAACAUGAACCCUGAACCGUCCUGGGGCCUGUGGUUCUUCAUUGCGUUGCCUGUGUGCAUCAUUUCCAUUCUUUUGAUUUGGGGUCUGCUGGUUCUCACAUUCCAGCCAGGAAAGGGCGUUACGAUCGUACCCAUCCGUCCCAUGAAAGACAAGUUCACUGGAGUGCAGUGGUUCAUCAGUAUCGUCACUGUGGUCACAAUCAUACUCUGGUGCGUAAGCCACCAGCUCGAGGACAUCUUCGGCGACAUGGGUGUUGUGGCCAUUAUUCCACUCGUCCUGUUCUUCGGUACUGGUAUCCUAACAAAGGAGGACUUCAACAAUUUCCUGUGGACCAUCAUCAUCCUCGCGGCUGGCGGUCUUGCUCUUGGCAAGUCUGUCAACUCCUCUGGUUUGCUCCACACCAUUGCCGAGUCGAUCACGAGUAGUGUCGAGGGUAUGAGUCUCUACGGAGUUCUUUGUGUCUUCUGCGGUCUGAUCCUCGUAAUCGCUACUUUCAUCAGCCAUACUGUCGCAGCGCUCAUUGUGCUCCCGCUCGUGCAGCAGGUUGGUCAAAGCAUGCCGGAGCCUCACCCCAACCUGCUUGUCAUGGGUGCCGUACUCAUGGCAAGCGGUGCCAUGGGUCUGCCGACGAGCGGGUUCCCCAACAUGACGGCCAUCAUGAUGGAAGAUCAAAGAACCGGACAACGCUACCUCGAGGUCAAACAUUUCCUCACCCGUGGCGUUCCUGCCUCCAUCAUUACCUACAUUGUCAUCAUCACCAUUGGGUACGGGCUUAUGCUCGUGGCCGGCUUCUAA